GUUUUGGGGAGUAGACAGUGAAAAGUGCAAGAUUUGGAGACAGCAAGGAUGCUCGGAGUCGGAGGAGCCACGAGACAAAGGAGGAGACUUUUUGUUUUUCUCUCCGAGGUCGAAGAUACAUUUUGUGAAGGACGCGGGAAUGAGUCGGACGCUUUUCUCCAUCUGACACGGACAAAGAAAAGUUCCUGCGACGUGAUGCGGGGCCGCGUGAGGGAGAUGGACUUCAAGCUGGCCCUGCCGAAGAUCUCCUCACCGGCGGUCCACUGAGAUCUCCGCGAUGGAAGGACACGCCGUCCGUCUUCUUCUCUUCCUGUGCGCCGCCCCGCUCACUUCGCAACAUCCGUCCGGACUCCCUCCGUCCCGACUGGGCGCCGGCCUGGACGCCGCGUCUCACCGGAAGAGCUCCCGGACUCGCGUCGAGGGCUCCGCCGCGCUCCACUUUAGCUCCGAGACGGGUCGGGAGAGACCCCGGCCGGUCGAGUCGGAUUACGCGAGUCUGCGAGAAAGCAGGCGGCCGCGUUCUCGCCGGAAGAGGAGCUGGCUGUGGAACCAGUUCUUCGUCAUAGAGGAGUACCGAGGGCCCGAGCCUGUACUCAUCGGACGGCUGCACACGGACAUGGACCGAGGGGACGGGCACACCAAGUACACGCUGGAGGGCGAAGGAGUGGGCUCGGUGUUCGUCAUCGACAGCAACACGGGCAACAUCCACGUCACCAAGUCGCUGGACCGCGAGGAGAAGGACCAGUACCGCCUGAGCGCCACCGCCACCGAUCGGCUGACGGGCCGGGCCCUGGAGCCGUCCUCGCAGUUCGUCAUCCGCGUGCAGGACAUCAACGACAACCCGCCCGUCUUCCCCGCCGAACCCUACGUGGCCACCGUGCCGGAGAUGGCCGACAUCGGCACGUCCGUCAUCCAAGUGACGGCCCGGGACGCCGACGACCCCUCGUACGGGAACAGCGCCCAGCUGGUGUACGCCGUCACCGAAGGACAAGAAUAUUUCUCGGUGGACCCUCAGACAGGCGUCCUGAGGACGGCCGUGGCCGACAUGGACCGCGAGAGCCGGGAGGAGUACGCGGUGGUACUCCAGGCCAGGGACAUGGGGGGCCACCUGGGGGGCCUGUCGGGGACCACCACCGUCACCGUGAGGCUGAGCGACGUCAACGACAACCCGCCUCGCUUCCGACGCAGCGCGUAUUCGUUCUCCGUGUCGGAGCUGGCGGCGCCGGGCGUGGAGGUGGGCCGUCUCACCGCCACUGACGCUGACGUGGGCGACAACGCCCUGCUGGAGUUCACCAUCGUGGACGCCGAAGAGGCGCAGACGUUCAACAUCAGCGCCAGAGAACGAGAAGCCAUCAUCGUGCUGAACAGGCUGCUGGACUACGAGACUCGCAAUUCGUACUCGUUCACGGUGGAGGUGGCCAACCCCCUGGUGGACCCCCGCUACCUGAAGGACGGCCCCUUCAAGGACCAGGCCGUGGUGCGGGUCAUGGUCCUGAACGCAGACGAGCCGCCCCGCUUCUCGCAGGCCCGCUACCACCUGGAUGUGUCGGAGAACUGCCCCCCCGUCUGCUCGGUGGGCCGCGUGCGCGCCGUGGAUCCCGACACGGGCCAAAGCGGCAACAUCAGGUACUCCAUCGAUCCUCAGUCGGACCCCGAGGCUCUGUUCCGCGUGGCCUCUGACACGGGAUUCAUCAGCGCGGUGACGGAGCUGGACCGCGAACGGGAACAGUGGCACAACGUCACCGUCAUCGCCACGCAGAGGGACAACCCCAAUCUUGUGUCAAGGGUGGUGGUUGCCAUAGAAACGCUCGACCAGAACGACAACGCGCCGGAACUGGACAGGCAGUACAGCACGUCGGUUUGUGACUCCGCCGCUCCGGGACAGGUUGUUCAGGUUCUGCGCGCCGUCGACCGUGACCCGGGAGGCCAGGACGCGCCGGUCCAAUUCAGCAUCGCGCCCGAGUCCGGCGCCGCGCUCAACCUCUCCAUCAGGGACAACGGCGCCUCAGUGUUGUUGUCGUCGGCAGGUGUGACGGCCAGCCUGGUGCUGCGGUCGUCCUUGGACCCGGCGCCGGGUUAUGCGUCAUCCCCGGUCAGCCUGUACGUGCCCGUGGUACUGCGAGACGGCGCUUCGGGCCUGGCCAACACCGCCACGGUCACCGUGACCGUCUGCCCGUGCCUGGGGGGGGGCAUGCGCACCGAGGAGCGGAGCCCCCGGACCCGGGGCCGGCGCUGGGAGCGCCGCGCCGUCUGCCGCCCGGCGCCGUCCGCCUCGCCCUCGGUGGUCUUCACCCUGGUCAUCCUGAUGGCGGCGCUGGCCUGCGUCACCACCCUUCUGGUGGUGUGCGCGCUGUCCCUGUCACUGCGGCGUCAGAAGCGGGACGCCCACUCAUCCUCGGAGGACGACGACAUCCGGGAGAACAUCAUCUCGUACGACGACGAAGGGGGAGGGGAGGCGGACACGGCCGCCUUCGACAUGGCGGCGCUGCAGAGCCUGCACCGGAUCCAGAACGUGCACAGGAACAUAUGGUACACGCAGCAGAGCGCGGAACCCCCACGAGGCAGGGCGUACAGUGUGACCCGGAACCCUCACCCCGGCUCCGAGCCCGGACGGCGGCCCGGCUCGGCGCCGCUCUACGGGAGACUCUGCUACGGGGUCCGCACGCUGCCGGUCUUCCAGGAUUACUGCUACCAGGCCGGAUUGCGGCUGCCUCAACCGGGCCGGCCCCACGCCGCCCCGGCUCUCGUCAGCGGGGACCAGCCAGCGCGGCAGCGCCCUCCCGAGGCCGGACGAGCAAGUGCGUUAGCGAUGCACGCGCUUAGCAGGCUGACGGGCGGGAGUGACGAUGCAACAAAGAUGCACGUUGACACGGAGAAGCCGGUGGACAACGUUAAGGUAAACCCAGCAGAGGUCCAGUCCACAUCAAACAGCUGCCCGGCCAGUCUGAGCUGCUCCGACCCCACCGGUUCUUCCUGCCAGAGUCCCAGCAGCUCGUCGGCCAACCAGACUCUGAUCAGCGCCGGCGCCACCAGCUGCACCGUGGAGGACGCCGACACCGACUGGUCCCUUCCCUCCGUCUCCGAGCGGAGUUACUCCAACGCCAAGCUCCCCGUUUUCCCCGUGGUGGACACGUACAGUAUCGUGGGAUCACUGAACGGAACCACGGCCGCGGCGACUCUACCUUGCGCCGGGACAAUACCCGCCAACCAUCAACCUUUGCGCAUGGAAGACCUGCUCAACUUCCGUCUGAACCGGGUGACGUCCGACCCAUCGCAGCCGCCCUACGACUCGCUGCAGACUUACGAGUUUGAGGGCCGCGACUCCCGGGCCGAGUCACUGAGCUCACUCGGGAGCGAGGACGGGAAGGACGAGGACGGGAAGGAUGGUGCCCCCACGGCAGGAGGAAUGGAGGAGCUCAACGUCAAGUUCCAGCGGCUCGUGGAGCUCAUCAGGGAGAGGAAGUGCAGGAAGGACCGAGAGGCCACCGAGGCGCCCGCCCAGACCGGCCAGGUCCAAGAGAAAGUAGUGCAGAAGUGGGACUUCUAAGGGAAGGGAUUUCCCCUUCCCAGGGAAGACCGCAGGGAAAACCCAAGACGCGUUGGGACUGUGGGCCUGAUUUAACAAGAUCCCAAAUCGCCGGCGCGAAAUUCACCCUUCACUCGCUGAAUCUAUUUAAAAGAGGCUUUUGCGCUUUGGGUCGCUCUGAAGGUUUUUCUCUGUGGGGAAUUUGUGCAAAAUGAAGUUUGAAGUGAUGGAAUUGGAAGUGUUAGUGGAAGAGGCAAGCAAACAGUUACAGACAAGAACUGUGUCCAACUGAUAACCGCGGAGAAGCUUGCAAACGUAAAAGCUGAAAUUUUGUUUGAUCUUGACGUCAUUGCUUGACAUUGCGAUUAAAACUUGGAACGGCGCGUGCGGAACGCGACUCUGGGACCAAAUGAAAGUCAAAAACGAGUUUUGUCAUUGGCGGCAUGACAUGACUCCUUGGGACUGGCUUCAAGUUAGCCCCUCCCAUCGUUCAGAGGCUGAACAGAUGAAAUUCGGCGAUUUUUGUUUUCGGGCAUUUCAAAAAUGUGAACUCCAACCGCAAAAGAUCGGUUCUCCCGUUACCUUCGGCGCCGCUUUGCAGCUGCCUUUCAGUUUUGAGAGGCCCCAGUUCCAAGUCAUGAAAGCGCAAUUUUGAUAAAUCACUUUUGCGUUGGUGCCAAAUUGAUCAAUUUGCAUCGCUUUUCCCCAGACUGGGCAAAAUGACCUACUUGACAGUUUUGCCCAUUUGGCGGGCGUAAUCCCAGGUGGGCCCGGUCAGGGCGAUCGGCUCGCGUGAGAAAUUGGGUUUUUGCAGUCGGAACCGUUUAGCAAAUCAGGCCCCCGGUCCCUCGCCGGUCUGGAGAAGGAAACCGCUGGAGAGAGGGAACCCUGCGACGUUGGAUAAACGGAACGAGACGGAUGGAACCAUUCUGGAUUUUUUCGGGGAUUUUUUCCAAGCACGUCGUAUCACUAUCACACCCCCCCCCC